AUUAUCGUCUUCAGUUAUGUACUAUGAAGAAAGCUACCGUACGAAUAAGAAUAGAAAUUAAUGAGCGAAGUUAAGUAGUUAACCGCCACGAAUAAUUUGGUAGAGAUUCAAGCUGGGUAUAUACUACCUAGGUACUGAGAUUUCAAGAAUGGAACGCAAAUCCUGCUACCAACGAAGUAGUUUCAAGUAAAAAUUCCUAAACGUUGACUAGGUAACUGAUUACUAAAAUUGUUAGCACACAUUUGAGAAUGUCUAACACCAAAUACGUUUAGUGUUUUCAAAACAAUUUCCUUCAGCCGGAAUUUGUUUUCUUCAUAACAAUAUUGGGUAGAUCAAGGUAUCAUUUCACAACUGAAGCGGACUCAGAAUUGAAACCAUCAUCGUCGAAAAUGGAUUAUUCGUUUUUCAAGAAACACCAAGUGAAAAUGAUGUUCAUUUACGUAACGCUCAUAAAUAUACCAAUAGCACAAUGCACAAUUCCUGGCACGUUUUUCUGGAAGCCGAGGUUGGGUCUCGACUUAGCUAUGCCUACAACCGAAAGCAGUGUCGAAAUAAACUGGCCUUCGAAAGAUAACAUAGAAAAAGGUCUUGUAACGCUAGUUGACGGGUAUCAAGCUGGGCUUUCUGUGAUCAGUGUAGCUGCUGGUGCAUCCAGUUCAAGUUCAGAUUCACAAAUGGAUAUGAAGUCUUCGUAUUUCCACACAAACAUGUAUAGAUGGGCGUUAAGAUAUAUCAGUCUAAUUCCUUUUUGGCUCGGGGGUAACGAGGAGAACUUCUGUAAGACUCACCAAGUGUGGCACCGGCGAUUUCACUUUAUGGACGAAUUUAUACCAACUUGGUUGAAAUCUGUUUUUUUCUACGUGAAGGCAGAAGAUUGGAAACAAGAAGAGAUAGAUUACAAAAGAUUCAAAAAAUACGCUGAGCCAGCAUUUGGCAAACAUUACAGAUAUCCAUCGAAAAGUUUUAGAGAUUUCAAAUCACAAUAUACUGUCGAAACUGUCGACAAAGGGGUUUCCAGAUCGGCCUCAGUAUAAUGUUGAUACUACAUUUCGCGAUACAAGACGACAACUAUCGUACUUUUUAUCUAUAAGUACUGAAAAGUUGUUUGUUUGUUUAAACACGCUAAUAUCCGGAACUAGUGUGUCUAAUUUGAAUACUUCUUUUUGUAUUGGCAAAUACACUAAAUUAUUGAGGAAGACAUUGGCUAUAAAACAUCAGGCACUCACGCGUGCAUAGUGGCAGAGCAGCGGGUGAAACUGCGCGGGAGUAGCUAGUCUUCGAUAAAACUGGCCAACGUUGUAUUACACUUAAAAUAUUAAAGUAAAUGUAAAUUAACCACUCAUUUUUUAUUCUCGCCAUUUACCAGUAGAGACAGUAAUCAAAACAGAAAAUAUUUUGCUGUGAAUGCCAAAAGGUUGAAAAAAACAUAAUUUCAAACAUUCUACAAAAUCGAACCAAUUAUUAAAAUCCCUACGCUAAGCAUUCAUCAGUUAAGUAACUUGA